AUGUCCAAGCCGGUGGACCACGUCAAGCGGCCCAUGAACGCCUUCAUGGUGUGGUCGCGGGCUCAGCGGCGUAAGAUGGCCCAGGAGAACCCUAAGAUGCACAACUCGGAGAUCAGCAAGCGCCUGGGCGCCGAGUGGAAGCUGCUCACCGAGUCGGAGAAGCGGCCGUUCAUCGACGAGGCGAAGCGCCUGCGAGCCAUGCACAUGAAGGAGCAUCCCGACUACAAGUACCGGCCGCGGCGCAAACCCAAGACGCUGCUCAAAAAGGACAAGUUCGCCUUCCCGGUGCCCUACGGCCUGGGCAGCGUGGCGGACGCCGAGCACUCGGCGCUCAAGGCGGGCGCCGGGCUGCACGCGGGCGCGGGCGGCGGCCUGGUACCCGAGUCUCUGCUCGCGAACCCCGAGAAGGCGGCCGCGGCCGCCGCAGCCGCCGCCGCGCGCGUCUUCUUCCCGCAGUCUGCGGCCGCCGCCGCUGCCGCCGCCGCCGCGGGCAGCCCCUACUCCCUGCUUGACCUGGGCUCCAAGAUGGCAGAGAUCUCGUCAUCGUCGUCCGGCCUGCCGUACGCGUCGUCGCUGGGGUACCCCACGGCCGGCGCGGGCGCCUUCCACGGGGCGGCGGCGGCGGCUGCAGCGGCCGCGGCGGCCGCCGGGGGGCACACGCACUCGCACCCCAGCCCGGGCAACCCCGGCUACAUGAUCCCGUGCAACUGCAGCGCGUGGCCCAGCCCGGGGCUGCAGCCGCCGCUCGCCUACAUCCUGCUGCCAGGCAUGGGCAAGCCUCAGCUGGACCCCUACCCCGCGGCCUACGCGGCCGCGCUAUGA